UCUUCAUACCCUAGUCUUCCAGAGCAGAGGACUUUUCAGUCCAACUUGGGCGCCAGUCGUGAACAUUUCCACCAGUCACUCACCCUCCUGGAGUGCGUCGUUCUAAAUACCAGACAGUAGAUAUCGGAGCUGGGUAUGCAACCGUCCAAAGGGAACAGCGUUUCCUGCAGUGGGCGGGUCUUCGAGCCCGCAGUACAUGGGAGGCUCUGGAUGCUCCACUUGUCCAUAAAAUCACACAGUAUGAAAGAUAAGUUAAUCCUGCGCUUUUGGGAGAUUCUGUGUACCCAGAAGCCGUCACCUUAGAAAACCGACAGUUGUCUUGGCAGCAAGGUAAGUAAAUAGAACGUGUUAAUUUGCAGUGAAAUGAGAAUUGAAAAUGCAGGCACUAUACUUUUCUAGAACGAUUCAAACAAGUGUCAGUAUUAUGUACACUAGUGACUCAGUAUGUUGUUUCGAAGACAGACACAAGAACGCAAAUGUGUGUAUGAAUGUGGUUUGCCUGAUGAAUUGUUUGUCAUAUAGGGCCCAAGGUCUCCAGCGGUUCCACGGUUAAGUUUAGCACCAGCUAUGAUGGAUACAAGAGUAUGGUGAGCCAUCCAAAACACCUCUUCAGUUGCAAGCAAUCCGGGAAUUAGCCGCCUCCUGUUCGUCGCCAGUUGUGGGAACACCUGGAAAUAUGUGAAGUUGGUCCCGCGCUAGUAAAGUGUAAUGGGGAUUUCAGGCCGCGAGCGGAAGGAGAAUUUUACUUUUGCGUGUGGAGAUCUUCAUGAAAACACUAUGAGAAACCCACAGAGUGACUGAUCGCAGCCGGACUCAGAGUGCAGAGUGGUCAGCCGACCAGUGGUCGCUGACACAGAGCAGACAACAUGAAGGAAAAGUCUAAAAAUGCGGCCCGAACUCGACGGGAAAAGGAAAAUAGUGAAUUUUAUGAACUGGCCAAACUGUUGCCACUUCCCUCCGCUAUCACCUCCCAGCUGGAUAAAGCCUCAAUCAUACGACUGACAACUAGCUACCUGAAGAUGAGAGUAGUGUUUCCUGAAGGCCUCGGGGAAUCCUGGGGUCAUGUGACUCGCAAAAAUUCUCGAGAUGGAGUCAACCAGGAAUUAGGUUCCCAUCUCUUACAGACACUGGAUGGCUUCAUCUUUGUGGUUGCUCCAGAUGGGAAAAUAAUGUACAUAUCAGAAACAGCAUCAGUCCACUUGGGACUGUCACAGGUGGAGUUGACGGGAAACAGCAUUUAUGAAUACAUCCACCCAGCAGAUCAUGAUGAAAUGACAGCCGUUCUCACAGCACACCAGCCUUACCACUCACACUUUGUUCAAGAAUAUGAGAUGGAGCGCUCCUUCUUUCUAAGAAUGAAAUGUGUCCUUGCUAAGAGAAACGCUGGUCUUACAUGUGGAGGUUACAAGAUUAUCCACUGUAGUGGCUACCUGAAAAUCCGUCAGUACAGCCUGGACAUGUCUCCAUUUGAUGGCUGCUAUCAGAACGUCGGGCUGGUGGCUGUUGGACACUCAUUGCCACCCAGCGCCAUCACUGAGAUCAAACUACACAGCAAUAUGUUUAUGUUCAGAGCCAAUCUGGACAUGAAACUCAUCUUCCUUGACUCACGGGUUGCGGAGCUGACAGGCUACGAGCCUCAGGAUCUCAUAGAGAAGACUCUCUAUCAUCAUGUUCACAGCUGUGACUCAUUCCACCUGCGCUGUGCUCAUCACUUGUUGCUGGUGAAAGGUCAGGUCACCACAAAGUACUACCGGUUCUUGGCCAAGCAAGGUGGCUGGGUCUGGGUCCAGAGUUAUGCAACCAUUGUACACAACAGCCGCUCGUCCAGACCUCACUGCAUAGUCAGUGUCAACUAUGUUCUCACGGAGACAGAAUAUAAAGGCCUCCAGCUUUCUCUGGAACAGGCCACAUCCAAGACCUCUUUCUGCUACAGCAGCAGCUCCGCCAGCAGCCUCCCAGAGAACUGCAGAACUCCUAAGAGCAGAGUAUCCCGGCUCAAGACAAAAGCUAGACUCUCACCUUAUACACAGUAUCCUAGCUUCCAGACAGAACGAUCAGAGUCUGAUCAGGAGAGUCUGUGGGGCAGUAGCCCCCUCACUGACUUUGCUUGCCCUCAGCUAUUGGAGCAGAAUGAAGGCCUGGAUGCGUCAUGUCUCUACAGGCAGUUCACAGAUCCUCGCACACUCUGCUACAACCUGUCAGAAGAGCAGCAUCACACCACUAGCGACGGCCACACACACUUUCAUGGUCAAGGUCAGAGUUGCGGGCGAGGUCGAUGUGAGGCAGGGAGAUACUUUCUAGGAGCCCCUCCACCUGGCAUGGAUGCAUGGUGGGGCAGUGCCCGGUCCAUCCUACCACUGAGCAAGAGCUCCUUGGAGAACUAUGAAGCAUAUAACAGCAGCAUGCCACACAUCACAGCCAUCCACAGCUACCAUGCCCGAAGCCACUGCGAUGAAGAGAGUGCGGUCAGCUCUCCAGAUGGAGGCUCAGCCAGUGACUCAGGGGAUCGGUACCGAGCUGACCACUAUUGCUGCAGCCCACAGGAGCCUAGCAAGAUUGAGACACUAAUCCGAGCCACACAGCAGAUGAUCAAGGAAGAGGAAAGUAGACUGCAGUUUCGCAAGGGUCCCCAGGAUGCCCCACUGGGGCUAGCCAAUGGACUGUCCAAGGGUCCUGGUCCCUGUUUCACUUCAGAGUGUAGUCAAGGGCUCCAACCUCUUCAGACUGUGGUGUGUCGAGGUUUGAAUCAAGGGAUUAGUUCUGCUACUAGCCCCACACCCCUAUCCAGGCUCAGCAGUCCAGGUUCUGAGCGAAUCCAUAAACCCAAAGACUACCUCCAAACAGACCUUGCCCCCCUUUCUUUGCAAUUACCCCACCCUUUUGGCCUGCCAGGUGCAUGUUCAGCUUCUCCUACACCAGCCCUCUACCCCUCCAAUACCCACCCGCGGCCAUACCUGGACAAGCAUAAAGCAUAUUCUCUGACUGGCCUUGCUCUGGAACACCUCUAUGACCCAGACAGUCUUCGGAGCUACUGCAUGUCUACCAGCUCUGGCCCCACCCACUACAAUCACCUUCACAUCCCGGCAGAGCAGACACCUGGACACAAAAGCACCUCUGUCAUUAUUAAGAAUGGCAGCUAACACAGAGUAGGAUGUCAGUCACAUGGCCUGAGCUGGUUAGCUCCCAUUUCAGCAGUAAGCCAUUUUCAUUCUGCAUCCUCUUAAGUGGCUUUUCCAUCAUACCAGAUAAUUCUGCUCUAAAUCUAAUUAGUUGUUUCAUAAUAGUUCCAAUAUUUAAUUUCAAGUGAUGCUAAAACUUUCAUGUUGAAGAAGUCUGCUAAAGAAUGUUCUUUAGCAGACUUCUUAACCAGUGCAUGUGUUUAUGGGUAAUAUGUGAAUAUUCUCAAGAGGGAACAACAAGGUUACAUUAAAACAGUGCCGGCAAUUCUGAUAGAUAAUGUUUAAUUGCAGUUCUCUUUCUUUGAUGAGUGUAUUUGUUUUUUUGGCCAAAAAUUGAGUACAAAAAAUUUUAAAUGUUCAGAACAAACCCAUGCAUAGAUUUUUUUUUCCUAAAAAAUGAGACCUUAAAGCUCGUGUCCGGAGUUUCCGUUUGUUUUCAAUUUAUGUAUCAUUGUUUAACAAAGCUUAAAUGUGUUAGUCUAGUUUGUCGGUCAGUAUAGCCUUCUUUAACCCUUGCCUCAGGUUAAAUCAGGACCAGCUCUCCGUUUAAAGGGUUAGAUUCUAUCUGCCUAUUAGUAUUCCACCUAACAGGUUUCAGCAGAAUGAUUAAGCUGGUGUCGAGGAAUACUCGCCUAGGUCCUAACUGUCUUCUUCCAAACGUCUUACCCCUCUUACUCCAAUAAAUACUCUCUUACUAAGCAGCCCACCUAAGUAGUAGAAUUGAUUUAUUGACCACGUUUGUUAACGACAGCUUUCCUCUUAAAACUGUGGCACUUGUUGAUAACUUUUUACCACUAUGCAGAAUAGGUGAAUCAUAAUAAUUUCAUUAGACUUCUCUUUAAAUGCAAUAUAGUGUUUUAUUAAGCAAUUAUUAGCAGGGGCACAGCAUUAAUUCAUGAUUAAACAAUUUAAUUAUUUCUGAUUAUUUCUAACUUAACUAAAUUAAACUAAGCUGAGCGCACCUAAGAAUCUUCUCUAAUUAGUAAAUUUAGGAGAGAGAGCGGACAGCCAGGCCUUAGCUGCCACGCCCGGUCUUGACCUGCGUCUAGUUGAACUCCUCCGUAGACCAGCAGACUCGGUACGAAGUCUUCUUUGUGGGCAGAGGGUGUUCUUCAUAGGCCGGGGGAGUGGAGAGGUCCCGAAAGCCAAUCGUUGGUCUGGCAGUUAUCUUUUGUAGCAGCAGCUGGAACACAAGUGCAGGCGUCUCAGCUGUCUUCUCAGUCGGGUGGUGGUGGUGGAAAGCCCCCGUCUCAUCAGGCUGUGGUGGGUCACUGGGUCCUCCAGCCCCUGGAGUGGAGCAGCCCUCUGCUGCUGCCUCCUGUACCUCUCUGGAUGCCAUGGGUGCUGUCUUCUCUUCAUCUCUUUGGAUAACUGCAGACCUCUCAGGACUCUCCUUUCAGCAGAGUGUGGUCUUCUUCUUUUGAACAAAGUUAGAACAACUUUGCUUCCAACGACGUCCUCAAAGAACUCUGCAGCCUAAGUCCUGCGUUGUCUUCACGUCUCUAGGGCAAAAAGGUCCGGUGAAGAUUCUUCAGAACUUUGGCAAUGCUCUCCGGCAGCUCCGGCCAGCAGCAUCUCUUGCAGCUCCGGUGAGCAGCAUCUCUCCCCUCCAGGGGAGAACUCCGAAUUCAGUGUCUCUGACUCUCUCUUUUAUAGUGUCAUCCUCUAAUACACACAUCUCUGGCUAGGUAUGCCCCUGACACCGUCUAACUCAUGCAAUCAACUUGUUAUCACAUACAUCAGUAAUACAGAAGUCAUGGUUUUACAGCAAGUACACAGCAUCCACCUUCCGUUGUUAACACACACACACAUUGCUUGAGACAUGUUGCCAAGACCAUAUAUGGCCACAGAACUUCCUCAAUGUCCUCCUUUCUGCAGUGUCAUGGUGUCUUCUGCUUUUUGCCCUACACACACAGAGCUUAAACAGGGAUUACUUUAGUUAUCAUUCACAUUAAGCUGCACUGAAUCUAUUUCUAAAUCAAAAUCAUUCCACUUAGUUUAAACAAAAUAAAUCAUCUUAAAUCAUUCUCUUCUAUAGCAAUAAUCAUUUCAGAAUAUAUAUCAGCCUAUUAAAAUCAUUCUUGCAUCAAGCAUAAGCAUAAUCAUGUGGUUAACUUAUAAUGUUUCUCAUUUUAACUUUUCAUUGGUUUGCUUAAAGCUUUUAUUUAGGUAGUGGUUGCUCCUGGGAUCUCAAAUAACUAGGCCCCACUUGACAAGUUCAAUACUAUAAUAUAAUGUUAGUAUGACGCGAUAUGAAAAUUUAUUCAUGAGCUCCGCCUUCCUCUCAUAGACCCCCAUGUUAUUUCAAAAAGCGCCGGUCGCUGCCAACCAAUCAAGUUCGAGCUUCCGCUUUGUCAUGCUGUCAAUCAACGUUUACGCGCACAGCAAGGAAGCCCAUGCAGAGGUGGGCGAGCUACGCACUACGCAACCGCGCGCACAUUUGUUUUGCUUGUGGAGGAGAGAGCAUCAGGGAUCAGCAACUUCCAGAAAAGUUACCAAUCCCACGGCUUGUCAGGCCAAGAGACUGCAGGAUGUUUUUUGGCUCGGGGUGCUCGCGUCACUCCCCGACCACGGCCUCCAUAGCCCGCCUGACGGCUUCGUUUAGAUGCCUGACCUCUGGAGGAAGAUGUUGGGGCGUCAGGGACAUACUCUUCGUCAGAGGAGUCAUGCAAUUCUGAACUCUAGAUAGAAAUAAAUAAACAAUGUAACACAUACACACGCGUAAAUGCACUAAGUUUGAUAAACAACGUCAUCGAGAGGGAUACACGAGUGUAAUCACAUUGAAACUUUACUCGUUCGUCCUAGCAGAUUCAUGUUAUUUUGGUAUUAGGACAAGUUAGACUCAAUACAGAAUUCUAAUGUAAUUCCUUUAUUAUUUACUAAAUGUACUAAAUGUAGAAGAGGGGAAAACAGCAAAACAGGCAAGAUGCUGCAGCAGUCCGGGCACUCCUCUCAGGUACUGUGCGCGUGCACAAAUAAAGGGGCGAAAUCAGAGGGAGGGUGGGACCAACAGUUUUGGGAGACGCUGCGAUUCAAACUCCGGACACGAGCUUUAAUAUGACAUAAUUCACCUAAACUGUACAAGUAAGACCUGUUCCAAAAUGUGGUUGACCCAAACAG